AUGAUUAGCUGAAAGAUGUGUCACUCAAUCAAACGGUUUCUUCGCGUUUGUAGAUGUUGCUGUGAGAUAGUUCCUGUUGCAGGACUGCAGCUACUCUGGGCUGGGUGGUUUCUAAUCUGACGGCUUCCAUACUGCCUCUUCUGGAUGUCCAAAUACAAACUCUUCCUGCUCCGGCAUGGGGAGGGGGCCUGGAACAAGGAGAACCGCUUCUGCAGCUGGGUUGACCAGAAACUGAGCGAGAACGGGGUGGUGGAAGCCCAAGAAUGCGGCAGGCUCCUGAAAGAGAAGGGGUAUCAAUUCGACCAGGUUUUUACCUCCAUACUGAGCCGUUCCAUCCAGACAGCCUGGUUGGUGCUGGAGGCCAUGGGACAAGAGUGGGUCCCAGUCACCAAAUCCUGGAGGUUAAACGAACGGCAUUACGGUGCCCUGAUCGGCCUUAAUCGGGCUGAGAUGGCGUUGAACCAUGGCGAGGAGCAGGUUAAACUGUGGAGGCGUAGCUAUGAUAUCACGCCGCCCCCCAUUGAUGAGUCACAUCCCUAUUAUGCUGAAAUUUACAAUGACCGCCGAUAUAGUACGUGUGACGUCCCGAAAGAGGAACUGCCCAAAACAGAAAGUCUGAAGGAAGUGUUGGACAGACUUCUUCCUUACUGGAAUGAUGUCAUUGUACCGGUGAUCAAAAGUGGCCAAACAGUCCUCAUCUCUGCACAUGGCAACAGCUGCAGGGCUUUGCUUAAACAUUUGGAAGAUAUAUCGGAAACAGACAUUGUGAAUGUAACGCUGCCCACAGGAGUUCCCGUCUUACUGGAGAUGAAUGAAAACCUUCGACCGGUCAAACCACGUCAGCUCCUGGGCGACCAGGCCAAAAUUCAGGCAGCCAUCAAAAAGGUGGAGGAUCAAGGGAAGGUUAAUGGAGGAAAUAAAUAAGGAUUUUCUUCGGGGAAAUGUCAGAAUCUUCAGAUAGGAAUUGUUCACAUAGAAAAAGAUCAUUAGUCAUUAAGUAUGCCCUGAAGCACCUGGUAAAGAUAGUGCCAGUACAUGGGUGUGUCCGAGGUAGAGUUGUUUAAAUAAUAGUUUCUGUUUAUAGUGAUAUUUUCAGAGUCUUGAAGAGUUAUAGAAGUCAAUGUUUUAAAUUCAGGCAAUGGUUACUGAUCCAAAAUGCAGACUUGCUGCAUAUAUUUUGUCAUAGCAGAAGGUCUGUAGACCAAAUAAUGAAGUAGGUACUGAUAUGACAUUAUUUUAAAUGAUCAUUUAAUAAUGUGUUAUUUUUUGUUUUCAGUGGAUUUUAGGCCACAGAAAACCAGUGGUGCCUACCUUUGGGUAAAAAUAGCAUCCAUCAGUUUUCUAUUAGAAUUUCUUAUUAAAGGUCAACACAAGCAUUUAUCCAAUUCUGUAUUUAAAAAACAACAACUGUAUAGUGUACACUAUCAUUUAUUCAAAAGUUUGGGAUUGGUUAGAAAACAUUUUUUUAAUGUUUUUGAAAGAAGUCUCUUCUGCUCAUCAAGGCUGCAUUUAUUUGAACAAAAAUACAUUAAAAUCAAUAUAUUCUGAAAUGUAAUUACAACUGCUUACUACUUUAAUAUAAUGUACAUUUUCAGCAUCAUUACUCCAGUCUUCAGUGUCACAUGAUCCUUCAGAAAUCAUUCUAAUAUGCUGAUUUCUAAUAACAUUUCUUCUUAUUAUCAAUGUUGAAAGCAGUUGAGCUGCUUAAUAUUUUUGUGGAAAUUGUGAUACAGGAUUAUUCGAUAAAUAGAAAGUUCAAAACAAGAACAACAUUUACUUGAAAUAGUAAUAUUUUGUAACAUUACAGUAUGUUGUCACUUUUGAUCAAUGUAAUGCAUCCUUGCUGAAUAAAAUAUUAAUUUCUUAAAAAAAAAAAAAAAAAAAAAGUCUUACUAAGUUAGUAAGAGGUCUUACUUAGUCUUACUAACCCCAAACUUUUAAAUGGUAGUGUAUAUGGGAUAAUUCCAAAGGGAAUUUAAUCAUUCAAAGAAAACAUAAGUAAAUAAAUAAAUAAAAUAAUAGUUAAAACAAGCACACAUUAUUCACUCCACUGUCUGGACUUUCCAAGGCACAGAUUAUACCUAAUGUUAUUGGAUUCGUAUUCAUAUUCCACAAAUCAGGUUUAUUAGGUGUAAUAUUAAAAAAAAAAAAAACAUAGAUGUCUGAAGGAUAAUUUUAAGUUAUUAAAAAUAUUUUGUGUUAAAUAGCACAGGUAGCAUAUUUUAGACAGUAUUUUAAAAAACAAUUAUUUAAAAAGGACAUUUUGUUUUCAAUUAAUGUAUUUAUUACCAUAGAUAUAUGUAAAGAUAUGUGUUAAAUUCAGUUUUAUCAUGCAAUGCUAAAUGCAGCCCACACUAGCUUUUUUUUUUUUUUUCCUCAACCAACAUUAACCAACUCAAAUGCAAAGAAAACCAGUCUUACUGGUGAGUAAAACUAAACAGUUGUGGUUUAGGAAGUCUGUGCACUGUAAUACCUCUAUUUUGUUUUUGUGUAUUUAAUGUUGCUCAACACUGUACUGUAUAAGUAAAGAAAUGUUAUGUUUGUGUUUUUUGUUAUAAUAUCCAUAGUGGCUUUCACUGUUACAUGUCUAUAUGUUCUCUGACUAUACUAUUAUUAUUCAACUUGGUACAUUGUACUGUAGCCCAUCUUAUGUAGUUUCACUUUCUUUAUCACCACCCAGAAGCACUGGUCUGAAGCUGGGUUUAGCACAUCCCUGAAACAUUUUCCUUAAAGAGUAAUAUAUAAAAGUAAAGAUUACAAAUAAAGUGUUUAAUGUGUAUUGAA